AUGGUUUUGCUUCUUUAUGUGGAUGAUAUUAUUCUUACUGGUUAUUCAGCAAGUUUGAUUGAUCGUUUGGUUACAUAUUUCAGUGUUGCCUUUGCAAUGAAAUAUUUGGUGGAUUUACAUUUUUUCUUGGAUAUAGAAGCUAUUAGGAAUGUUGAUGGUAUUUUGUUAACACAAAAGAAAUAUGCUUUGGAGUUAAUGGAUAAGGCUAAGAUGUUGGAAUGUAAUCCAUGUAGUACACCUGUAGCUAAAGGUCAAAGAGUUUCAAUUUCUUAUGGUGUUUUGUUAACAAAUCCUUCUGAGUAUAGAACCAUAGUUGGUACGCUUCAAUACUUAUGUAUGAAAAGACCAGAUAUAUGCUUUGGAGUUAACUAUGUGAGUCAGUACAUGCAUUCUCCCAUUGAUGUUCAUAUGUUAUUGGUUAAGAGAAUUCUAAGAUACUUAAAGGGUUCAAUUAGUAUUGGGAUCACAAUGAGAAAAGGUGAUAUUGAUUCUUUGACAGCAUACACAGACUCUGAUUGGGGUAACUGCCCAGAAACAGUUAGGUCUACUUGUGGUUUUGCAAUCUUUUUGGGGUCUUCUUUGGUUUCUUGGUCUAGUAAAAAACAACCUGCAAUUUAUGGAUCUACAGCUGAGGCAGAGUAUGAGUGUUUAUUAGUGGCUACUGCAGAUUUGGAGUGGCUUUCUUCUGUCUUGUCUGAGCUACAUAUUUCAUUAGUUCAACCUAUUACUCUAUAUUGUCAUAAUACAAGUGCAAUAUAUUUAACAACUAUUCAUGUUUCUCAUUCCAGGGCAAAAUACAUAAAAAUUCACUAUCAUGUUGUAAGACAGUUGGUUGCAAGUGGUUUUCUAUCAGUACAACAUAUUGCCUCAGAGAAUCAGUUAGCUGAUCUUUUUACUAAAGGACUAUGUGCUCCAGUGUUUUCUUCUUUACUGCAUCAGUUGUCGGGAACUUCUUUAUCAUCUUCCAAUGAAGAUUCUUCUACAACAACAGCUACUUCCUCUGGUGUUGAAGAUUUUACUGUUGCUACUACAGUUUAUUGUCUUAGUGACGUUCCUUAUCAUGUUAGACAUGCUUCAGUUUAA